AAUAUCCAACUCAUCGUCUCAUCCUUCAUUCAUUCUCUCUCAUUCUAUACUCUUUUUCUUCAAAUCCAAUCUCUCAUUCCCUUCAAAAAGAUUCAAACUUUUUGUGAAACUCCAUCUGGGUAUUCAUAAAAUGAAACGGAAAGUUCGCGGCGGCGGCGGUGGGCAGAGAAUUCCGGCGGAAAAUGAAGUUGAAGUUGUUCAAAUUUUACUCACUUUACCAAAACCAGUUUCACUUUCUGAUUCAUUAGCUCAAUAUACUUUUACUUGGGGCAGAAAAAAGAAAAGAUCUGUUUUGGUUUCUAAACCGGAAUCAUCUCUGGCACCGGUGCCGGCAAGUCAACUGCCAGUUGAUGAGAGUUUGCCAGAAAAACCACUUAUUUUUUUAUUUGCAGAUAUUAAGAAAAAGCUUAAGAAAAAGAAAUUAGAAGCCAUGAAAGCCCAUCACCAAAAACUAAAAGCCAUGAAAGCUCAUCAUCAAGAUCUAAAAGCCAUGAGAGCUUAUCAUCAAAAAAUGACUGUUCAAAGUAUGGAGUUAAAAGCAAAAUGGCAAGAGUUUCAGAUUCAUUACUCAAGACACUAUUUUCAGUUAUGGAAUAGUUAUAUUAGGGCAAGAAUGGCAGCAGCUGCCAGAAGGGAAAGGAUUAUGAGGAUGAGAAAGAACAAAACUAAUGGGAAGACUUGUUAUUCACUGGCUUCAUCUCAGCCUUUCGAUCAAAGUAAAGGCAAUGCUAUGCAUGAUGAUACAAAGGCCAGAACUGCCGCAGCUACUAGAAACACAAUGAUUAUGAGGAGGAAAAAGAACAAGACUAAUGGGAAGACUUGUUCUUACAUGGCUGUUCUGCCUUUGGAUGAAUGUAAACAUUUAGCGACAAAUAGUGAUACAAGGCCUAUAACUGCUGCAGCUUCAAGAGGGGCAAGCAUUAUGAGAAUGAAUAUUAACAAGACUAAUAACGAGAGUUUUGAUUCCAUGGCUUCUUUUCGGAUGGUGGAUCCAAGUAAAUACAUAGCAACAGAUAGUGAUAUAAAGGCCAGAACUGCUGCAGCUGCUAGAAAAGCAAGGAUUCUGAAGAUGAAAGAGAAAAGGUUUAAUGCAGAGAUGGCUUUUUCUGGGCUUUUGGAUCAAAGUAAAAACAUGUUAAGUGAUAAUGAAAUAAAGGCCAGAACUGCUGCAGCUGCUAGAAAGGCAAGGAUUAUGAAGAUGAAAGAGAAAAAGAUUAAUGCGGAGAUGGCUUCCUCUCAGCUUUUGGAUCAGAGCAAAAACAUGGUUACAGAUAUUGAUAUAAAGGCCAGAACUGCCACAGCUGCUAGAAGGGCAAGGAUUAUGAAGGUAAAAGAGGAACAGAUUAAUCAGGAGACUUGUGAUUUUAUGACUUCUUCUCUGCCCUUGGUUCAAAGUAUAAAUAUAGUACCCGAUGAUGACAUUGUGGCCAGAACUAUUGCGGCUGCUAGAAAGACAACGACUAGUGGGGAGACUUGUGAUUCUAUAGCUUCUUCUCAGCCGUUGGAUCCAAGUGAAAACAUAGUACCUGAUAAUGACACUAAGGCCAGAACUGUUGUGGCCGCUAAAAAGACAAGCAUGAAAGAGAGCGAGACUAGUGUCGAGACUUGUGAAACCAUGGCUUCUCAGCCGUUGGAUCCAAGCAUAGUCAUAGUACCGGAUAGUGAUAUUAGGGCCAACACUGCUGGGACUGCUAGAAAAACAAGGAUUAGGAGGAUGGAAGAGAACAAAACUAACGAGGAGAGUUGUGAUUUGAUGGCUUCUUCCCAGACAUUGGAUCAGAGUAAAAACAUGGUAAUGGAUAAUGAUACAAAGGCCAGAAAUGCUUCAGCUGUUAGAAAGGAAAGGAUUAUGAAGAUGAAAGAGAAAAAGAUUAAUGACCAGUCUCGUGAUUCCAUGAAUUCUUCUCAGCUUUCGGAUCUAAGUAAAAACAUGGAAAUAGAUAAGGGUAUAAACUAUAAAGGCCAGAACUGCUGCAGCUGCUAGAAAGGUAAGAAUUAUGAGGCUGAAAGAGAAGAAGAUUAAUCAGCAGACUUGUGAUUUCAUGUUGGAUCUUUAUAUAGACAUAGAAAGAGAUAAGGAUAUAAAGGGCUGCUAGAAAGGCAAGAAUUACGAGGUUGAGAGAAGUGAAGAUUAAUUGGGAGACUUGUGAUUCCAUGUUGGAUCAUAGUAAAAGAAUAGUGAACAACUCUCUGCUGUUUAUGAAAGUAUCGUGAGAGUGUAGAUGAUCGUGGGUUUAACUCUUUGGGUAAAGUAUAGCUAGUUCAUUAAGGUGAUUAUUGUGGCAUAUUUUGAAUUAAGAUAGAGGCGCAGAAGUAAGGGAACAAAAUUUUUUAAGUGAGAUGAAGAGUUCAAUGCUAUAAAAUUGUGAAAUAAGCAUACUCUUACAUCUUGCUCCAAUUUUUUAAAACUCCACUUGAUAAUUUAUUCUUCUUGUUACACUUUUGCUGAUUAUUUAGUCUUUUUUCUGUAUGUAUAUACUUUGAAUAAUGUGGGAAAAGCAUGUUGACCUAUUAGUUAAUGCCACAACUGAUAUUGGUCAAAUUAUACUUAUUUUUGCAUGUUAUGACCAAAAAACAUGGUUAUGGAUAUUGCUAUAUAGGCCAGAACUGCCACAGCUGCUAAAAGCAAGAAUUGUGAAGAUAGAAGAGAAGUAGAUUAAUCAGAUUACUUGUGGUUCUGUGACUUCUUCUAAGCCCUUGGUUCAAAGUAAAUACAUAGCACCUGAUGGUGAUAUUGUGACCAAAACUAUUUUGGCUGCUAGAAAGACGAAGACUAAUGGGGGGACUUGUGAUUCUAUGGCUUCUUCUCAGUAGUCGAUCAAAGUGAAAAUAUAGUACCCGAUGAUGACCUUGCAGCCAGAACUGCUGCGGCUGCUAGAAAGACAAGCAUGAAAGAGUCAAAGAGAACAAGACCAAUGAGGAGACUUGUGAUUCGGUUGUAUCUUCUCAAUAAGAGGUAUGUUCACCCUUUCACAGUCAAGUGCUUCAUAAUGAUACAUGUGACUAUAUUAUGUGCUUCUUUGGAGGUAUCCAUAAGAUUUCUUGAUUUUUGACUAUUUUAGGCUAUUUGAUGAAUAUUUAGGCAUGCCUAAGUCUAUUUAGUAGGUGAUAAGGACAUAAAUUAUUUUAAUUCUUAUAGCAAAUUGUAUAUAUGACAUGUUGUACUGUAUGAUUCUUAAUUAUUACAGUUCGGUAUUAGAAGUGAAAUAUUCAAUCAUCACCUCCUUUCAUUGGUGGUAGAAACUAAUGUAGUUUGGGUAGAUCAAGUUAUUUUUUGACAAAUUUGGAGGGAUCAUAUGCUUUAUAAUGUAAUGUGUAUAUAUGUACUAUAUAUAUAUAUAUAUUGUUAUUUGCGAUAACUUAAAGUGUAUGUAAUAACACAAUAUUAGGUCUUUAUCAAGUUUUUUUCUUUUCUGUUUGCUUGAUGAUCUUAAAUACCUGGGAAGGCGGGAAGAAGACAUUGUUAUCUCUUGUUGCCUUGUUUUAUUGAUAAUUUUACCAUGUUUAGGAAACAUUGUUAUGGUAAAGUAUUACUAGCCAAGUCCAAAAUGGCAAAAUCGAUUGCUCGAGUCCCAAAUCCAUUGCUCCGGACAUAUACGACCUCUCACUACAAUGGCUAGCUAGAGAACAUAUCUGAUAUGCCAAAGGAGUGUACUCAACUUAAAAGAUGGAUAACCAACCCAAGGCUACUUGACCAGGUUUUGACUUUUGAUGCUAUAUUUUACAAGUAUCACUGGCACAAAAAUGGAUGUAAUGUACGUAAUGUAAAAAUAAGGCCCGUUGUAGACAAAACUCUGCAAAUUUCUACAUAUUUUGGGCAAUCAAACUUCGGUGCUUACAAAGUUAUUUAUAGAUGCAUAAAUUCACGUUU